AUGGAUACGAAGACUGUUUUCUCCCUAGUCUUCUUUGCCUGUUUAGCUGUGAAUAGAACUGUGGUAAGUUUGAUUCUGUAUCUAUUAUUUCAUAUAAAAUACAACUUCCUCUCUGUCUACCAGGUGACUAUACCAGCUGACUCUAGAUCAGACCUAUCGCCACUCAUAUUUGCAACUUGUUGAUUUAUUUUCCUGUGGGGUAUAAUAUAGUAAAAAUAAUACAUUAUAUUGGCAUGAUAUUGUUAUUAUCAAGUAUAAAGUUACAUGGAGAAAAUUGGACCUCUGAAAGGAAAAUGGAUAGCCCUCCCUUCAGCAAAAUAUAUUUUACCUAAACCCUCUGAACGCUUGAAAAAAAAAAAAAAAAAGUGUCCCUCCCCUAUACCCAAAAUAAUAAUUUAGACAAAGUGGAUAACAGAGAAACUUCCUACCGUUUACCCUCACUUCCUGGACAGACCAGAGCCUUAAAUAUGCAGUUUUAGAAACUGUUCUUCGUCCUGUCAGCAUUACAUGACAACGCAGGAGUUUUGAUAACGCACAGGUCUGUGGGCCAGAAGGUUGAGGGUUCACAGACCACCGUGGAUAAGAGUAGGGUGGGAAAGAUCUCAUUUAUAGUAAAGGCAUUGCAUGAAUCUAUCAUCUUAUUUGCAGGUCCGAGGAAAAAAUUGCUUUUUAUAAAAAUGUCAUGCAAUUCUACGUCAUUUUAUAUACAGUGAGGGAAAAAAGUAUUUGAUCCCCUGCUGAUUUUGUACGUUUGCCCACUGACAAAGAAAUGAUCAGUCUAUAACUUUAAUGGUAGGUUUAUUUGAACAAAAAAAUCCAGAAAAACGCAUGUCAAAAAUGUUAUAAAUUGAUUUGCAUUUUAAUGAGGGAAAUAAGUAUUUGACCCCUCUGCAAAACAUGACUUAGUACUUGGUGGCAAAACCCUUGUUGGCAAUCUGUCACGAUCAUUUAUAGACGGGACGGACCAAGGCGCAGUGUGAUAUGCCAACAUGUUUAUUUAACGAAUAAACACACAACAAACGAAACGUGAAGUCCAAGGUAGCACACAAACAACAUACCUUACACAGAACAAGAUCCCACAACCCACUAGUGCCAAUAGGCUGCCUAAGUAUGGUCCCCAAUCAGAGACAACGAGCUACAGCUGCCUCUGAUUGGGAACCACACAGGCCAACAUAGAUCUACACGAUCUAGAUCUAAACAUAGAAAAUGCCUACAUAGAACAACACACCCUGACUCAACAAAUACGAGUCCCCAGAGUCAGGGCGUGACAGUACCCCCCCCCCCCAAAGGUGUGGACUCCGACCGCACACCAUAAACAUAACAGGGUAGGGGCCGGGUGGGCAUUCCGCCUCGGAGACGGAUCCGGCUCAGGGCGUGACGACCUCUCCCUCUUCGCCUCCCUGUUGCGCCCCUGGUCUGGUCUAGACCUCGGCGCGCUGCUCCCCCUCUCCUUCCUCCCACUAUACUCCAAGCCCUGUCUGGACCCUGGUGUGGGAGACCCCGAACCUGGUGUGGGGCUGACGUCUGGGUCUGGACUGGAGCCGCUGACUGGAGCUGGACCCGACGACGGUGGAGCGAAUUGCUCUGGCUCCGGAGUGGAGCCGCUGACCGGAGCUGGAUCAGGCACCGGUGGAGCGGACUGCUCUGGCUCCGGAGUGGAUCCGCUGAACGGAGCUGGACUGGACCCCGGUGGAGCGGACUGCUCUGGCUCCGGAGUGGAGCAGCUGACCGGUGGGACAGGCACGGGCCGUGCCGGACUGGACACACGCACCACUGGCUUGGUGCGAGGGACAGGAACAGGCCGGACCGGGCUGGCGACGUGCACCACUGGCUUGGUGCGAGGGACAGGAACAGGCCGGACCGGGCUGGCGACGUGCACCACUGGCUUGGUGCGAGGGACAGGAACAGGCCGGACCGUGCUGGCGACGCGCACCACUGGCUUGGUGCGAAGGGCAGGAACAUGCCGGGCCGGACUGGCGACGCGCACUACUGGCUUGGUGCGAGAAGCAGGAAUAGGCCGGGCCGGGCUGGCAACGCGCACCACUGGCUUGGUGCGAGGGGCAGGAACAGGCCGGACCGGGCUGGCAACGCGCACCACUGGCUUGAUGCGAGGAGCAGGAACGGGCCGGACCGUACUGGGAACACACACCACUGGCUUAGUGCGGGGAGCAGGAAAGGGUCGGGCCGUACUGGGAACACGCACCACUGGCUUAGUGCGGGGAGCAGGAACGGGCCGGACCGGACUGGCGACACGCACCACUUGCUUGGUGCGAGGAGCGGGACUGGGUUCCUUUAUAAACCCCCGCUCCUUCUGCUGCCUAACCAGCUCCUCUCGCCGUGCCUCUACACCUUCCUUCUCCCUUUUUGCCUCCUGUAGUGCCUCCCUCUGACCGUAUAACUCCUGCUCCCUCUGAACCAAUAGCCCCCGUAACCUGGUGGCCUCCUCUCCUAACCUGCAAAUCCGCCCUUUAACGGCCUCCUGCUGCCUCGUCGUCCACACCGUGUGCCCCCCCCCCAAACAUUUUCUUGGGGUUGCCUCUCGGGUCUCCGUCGUCGGCACUGUUGGCGCCGUUUCUCCUCUCCUACCUGGGCAUCCUCCUUCCUCGCCUUCCGUUAAUGGACGGCCUCCUCCUCCGUAAUUCUCCCCCAACCGAGGAGGACAUCUACUAAUGUAAUCUCCUGUUGAAUUCCCGGCGUUUGCUCCUGAACACGCUGCUUGGUCCUCGUUUGGUGGGAUCUUCUGUCACGAUCGUUUAUAGACGGGACGGACCAAGGCGCAGCGUGAUAUGCCAACAUGUUUAUUUAACGAAUAAACACACAAUAAACGAAACGUGAAGUCCAAGGUAGCACACAAACAACAUACCUUACACGGAACAAGAUCCUACAACCCACUAGUGCCAAUAGGCUACCUAAGUAUGGUCCCCAAUCAGAGACAGCUGCCUCUGAUUGGGAACCACACCGGCCAACAUAGAUCUACACGAUCUAGAUCUAAACAUAGAAAAUGCAACAUAGAACAACACACCCUGACUCAACAAAUACGAGUCCCCAGAGUCAGGGCAUGACACAAUCACAGAGGUCAGACGUUUCUUGUAGUUGGCCACCAGGUUUGCACACAUCUCAGGAGGGAUUUUGUUCCACUCCUCUUUGCAGAUCUUCUCCAAGUCAUUAAGGUUUCGAGGAUGACAUUUGGCAACUCGAACCUUCAGCUCCCUCCACAGAUUUUCUAUGGGAUUAAGGUCUGGAGACUGGCUAGGCCACUCCAGGACCUUAACGUGCUUCUUCUUGAGCCACUCCUUUGUUGCCUUGGCCGUGUGUUUUGGGUCAUUGUCAUGCUGGAAUACCCAUCCACGACCCAUUUUCAAUGCCCUGGCUGAGGGAAGGAGGUUCUCACCCAAGAUUUGAUGGUACAUGGCCCCGUCCAUCGUCCCUUUGAUGCGGUGAAGUUGUCCUGUCCCCUUAACAGAAAAACACCCCCAAAGCAUAAUGUUUCCACCUCCAUGUUUGACGGUGGGGAUGGUGUUCUUGGGGUCAUAAGCAGCAUUCCUCCUCCUCCAAACACGGCGAGUUGAGUUGAUGCCAAAGAGCUCGAUUUUGGUCUCAUCUGACCACAAGACUUUCACCCAGUUCUCCUCUGAAUCAUUCAGAUGUUCACUGGCAAACUUCAGAUGGCCCUGUAUAUGUGCUUUCUUGAGCAGGGGGACCUUGCGGGCGCUGCAGGAUUUCAGUCCUUCACGGCGUAGUGUGUUACCAAUUGUUUUCUUGGUGACUAUGGUCCCAGCUGCCUUGAGAUCAUUGACAAGAUCCUCCCGUGUAGUUCUGGACUGAUUCCUCACCGUUCUCAUGAUCAUUGCAACUCCACGAGGUGAGAUCUUGCAUGGAGCCCCAGACCGAGGGAGAUUGACAGUUAUUUUGUGUUUCUUCCAUUUGCGAAUAAUUGCACCAACUGUUGUCACCUUCUCACCAAGCUGCUUGGCGAUAGUCUUGUAGCCCAUUCCAGCCUUGUGUAGGUCUACAAUAUUGUCCCUGACAUCCUUGGAGAGCUCUUUGAUCUUGGGCAUGGUGGAGAGUUUGGAAUCUGAUUGAUUGAUUGCUUCUGUGGACAGGUGUCUUUUAUACAGGUAACAAACUGAGAUUAGGAACACUCCCUUUAAGAGUGUGCUCCUAAUCUCAGCUCAUUACCUAUAUAAAAGACACCUGGGAGCCAGAAAUCUUUCUGAUUGAGAGGGGGUCAAAUAAUUAUUUCCCUCAUUAAAAUGCAAAUCAAUUUAUAACAUUUUUGACAUGCGUUUUUCUGGAUUUUUUUGUUUUGUUAUUCUGUCUCUCACUGUUCAAAUAAACCUACCAUUAAAAUUAUAGACUGAUCAUUUCUUUGUCAGUGGGCAAACGUACAAAAUCAGCAGGGGAUCAAAUACUUUUAUCCCUCACUGUAUUAGCAGAAUAAUUUUUGAUACCACACAAAUUACAGGCACGCGCUGCAAAAUAAAUAUACACUACCAGUCAAAAGUUUUAGAACACCUACUCUAUGAGCGCUAUGAUGAAACUGGCUCUCAUGAGGACCGCCACAGGAAUGAAAGACCCAGAGUUACCUAUGCUGCAGAGGAUAAGUUCAUUAGAGUUACCAGCCUCAGAAAUUGCAGCCCAAAUAAAUGCUUCACAGAGUUCAAGACACAGACACAUCUCAACAUCAACUGUUCAGAGGAGACUGUGUGAAUCAGGCCUUUAUGGUCGAAUUGCUGCAAAGAAACCACUACUAAAGGACACCAAUAAGAAGAAGAGAUCUGCUUGGGCCAAGAAACACGAGCAAUGGACAUUAGACCAGUGGAAAUGUGUCCUUUGGUCUGGAGUCCAAAUUGUAGAUUUUUGGUUCCAACCACCUUGUCUUUGUGAGACGCGGUGUGGGUGAACGGAUGAUCUCCGCAUGUGUAGUUCCCACCGUGAAGCAUGGAGGAGGAGGUGUUAUGGUGUGGGGGUGCUUUGCUGGUGACACUGUCUGUGAUUGAUUUAGAAUUCAAGGCACACUUAACCAGCAUGGCUACCACAGCAUUCUGCAGCGAUACACCAUCCCAUCUGGUUUGGGCUUAGUGGGAAUAUCAUUUGUUUUUUAGCGAGUUAUUACUGAUAUCAAAUAUUACUUUAACUUAAAAUGGUCAAUGCCGGAUCCAGUUCUAGACCUAUAAGCUUACUGUAUAUCACCGUAUGACUUCUGUCUGGUGUUUCUUACAGGUUUCAGGGGCCCGUUCCUUCUCCAUAGACUACAAUAACAACUGCUUCCAGAAAGAUGGGAAGCCAUUCCAGUAUAUCUCCGGCAGUAUCCACUAUUCCCGCAUCCCCCAGUACUACUGGAGAGACAGACUGCUCAAGAUGUACAUGGCUGGACUCAACGCUGUACAGAUGUAAGUUCAACAGGGUGACAGAGAUUAUUUUUAUAUAAUAAAAUGUAUCGCCUGGAGAUUCCACUAAACAACAGCAGUAGUGUUGUACCUGUAUACAUGAUUAUAUGCACUAUUAUUAUUACUACUGAAAUGAACUGGAUUUCAUUAUCCUCAUUCUACUGGAUUUACUGAAAUGCUGGACCACUGCACUGCUUUGGCAAUAUCUACAAAUUGUAUUUCAUGUCAAUAAAUCUGAAUUUGAUAUCUGAGAGUGAGGAACAAUAGCUGGACUCAACGCUGUACAGAUGUGAGAGAGAGAGAGAGAGAUGGCUGGACUCAACGCUGUACAGAUGAGAGCGAGAGAGAGAGAGAUGGCUGGACUCAACGCUGUACAGAAGGUUACAAUGAGACAAGGUUUUGGAGUACGAACAUCCAAUCCAUACUAUCCUUUUCUUCUAGAAAUACUUGAAAGUACAAACAUAUUGUAGUGAAGUCAAGGUGUAGUCCCAGUAGGGACUUGAACCAAUGACCUUGCGACUGUUAAACUAACAACACCUUAGUUUACUCCAAGAGAUCUGAACCUCUUGACGAGGUCAGUAGGUGUUGGGUUAAGGUCGCUUCAAUAGAUCCUGUUGUUUUUCAGUACAGUGACUACUGCACUCUCUGGUGAUAUGUUUUCAGGACAGUGACUACUGCACUCUCUGGUGAUAUGUUUUCAGUACAGUGACUACUGCACUCUCUGGUGAUAUGUUUUCAGUACAGUGACUACUGCACUCUCUGGUGAUAUGUUUUCAGGACAGUGACUACUGCACUCUCUGGUGAUAUGUUUUCAGGACAGUGACUACUGCACUCUCUGGUGAUAUGUUUUCAGGACAGUGACUACUGGAACUAGCCUAUGGAUGUAUUUUGUUCUAGAAAUACUAGAUGUUUUCCCUCCAUGAUGCAGCAUACUUUUCUCUCUGUCAGUUACAGUGCAUUCGAAAGUAUUCAGACCCCUUGACUUUUCCAACAUUUUGUUUACGUUACAGCCUUAUUCUAAAAUGGAUUAAAUAGUAUUUUUUUCUCAUCAAUCUACACACAAUACCCCCAUAAAGACAAAGCAAAAACAGGUUUUUAGAAAUUUUUGCAAAUGUAUUAAAAAUAAAAAAAACUUUUACAUAAGUAUUCAGACCCUUUACUCAGUACUUUGUUGAAGCACCUUUUGGCAGCGAUUACAGCCUCGAGUCUUCUUGGGUAUGACGCUACAAGCUUGGCACACCUGUAUUUGGGGAGUUUCUCCCAUUCUUCUCUGCAGAUCCUCUCAAGCUCUGUCAGGUGGGAUGGGGAGCGUUGCUGCACAGCUAUUUUCAGGUCUCUCCAGAGAUGUUUGAUCUGGUUCAAGUCCGGGCUCUGGCUGGGCCACUCAAGGACAUUCAGAGACUUGUCCCGAAGCCACUCCUGCGUUGUCUUGGCUGUGUGCUUAGGGUCGUUGUCCUGUUGGAAGGUGAACCUUCGCCCCAGUCUGAUGUCCUGAGCGCUCUGGAGCAGGUUUUCAUCAAGGAUCUCUGAACUUUGCUCCGUUCAUCUUUCCCUCGAUCCUGACUAGUCUCCCAGUCCCUGCCGCUGAAAAACAUCACCACAGCAUGAUGCUGCCACCACCAUGCUUCACCAUAGGGAUGGUGCCAGGUUUCCUCCAGAUAUGACGCCUGUCAUUCAGGCCAAAGAGUUCAAUCUUGGUUUCAUCAGACCAGAGAAUCUUGUUUCUCAUGGUCUGAGUCCUUUAGGUGCCUUUUGGCAAACUCCAAGCGGGCUGUCAUGUGCCUUUUACUGAGGAGUGGCUUCCGUCUGGCCACUAGCAUAAAGCCUGAUUGGUGGAGUGCUGCAGAGAUGGUUGUCAUUCUGGAAGGUUCUCCCAUCUCCACAGAGGAACUCUGUAGCUCUGUCAGAGUGACCAUCAGGUUCUUGGUCACUUCCCUGACCAAGGCCCUUCUCCCCUGAUUGCUCAGUUUGGCCGGGCGGCCAGCUCUAGACUCUGCAUUCCAUAGUAAGAACAUCAUACCAACGGUCAAGCAUGGUGGUGGUGGUGUGAUGGUUUGGGGAUGCUUUGCUGCCUCAGGACCUGGACUUGCCUUAAUAGAAGGAACCAUGACUUCUGCUCUGUAUCAGAUAAUUCUACAGGAGAAUGUCAGACCAUCCGUCUGUGAGCUGAAGCUGAAGCGCAGCUGGGUCAUGCAGCAAGACAAUGAUCCAAAACACACAAUCAAGUCUACAUGAAAAUUGCUAAAAAGCAACAAAUUGGAAGUUUUGGAAUGGCCUAGUCAAAGUCCAGACCUAAUCCCAAUUGAGAUGUUGUGGCAGGACUUGAAACGAGCAGUUCAAGCUUGAAAACCCACACGUCACUGAGUUAAAGCAGUUCUGCAUGGAAGACUGGGCCAAAAUUCCUCCACAGCGACGUGAGAGAUUGAUCAACAACUACAGGAAGCAUUUGGUUGGAGUCAUUGCAGCUAAAUCUGGCACAACCAGUUAUUGAGUGUAAGGGGGCAAUUACUUUUUCACACAGGGGAAUUGGGUGUUGCAUAACUUAUUUUUAUGAAAUAAAUGAAAUAAAUAUGUAAUUGUUGUGUUAUUUGUUCACUUAUGUUCCCUUUAUCUAAUAUUAGGUUUUGGUUGAAGAUCUGAUAACAUUCAGUAUCACAAAUAUGCAAAAGUAGAGAAAAUUAGAAAGGGGGCAAAUACUUUUUCAUAGCACUGUAUAUUACCAGUAAUCUUCCCUCUUGUCAGUUAUGUUACCAGUAAUCUUCCCUCUUGUCAGUUAUGUUACCAGUAAUCUUCCCUCUUGUCAGUUAUGUUACCAGUAAUCUUCCCUCUUGUCAGUUAUGUUACCAGUAAUCUUCCCUCUUGUCAGUUAUGUUACCAGUAAUCUUCCCUCUUGUCAGUUAUGUUACCAGUAAUCUUCCCUCUUGUCAGUUAUGUUACCAGUAAUCUUCCCUCUCUCUGUCAGUUAUGUUACCAGUAAUCUUCCCUCUCUCUGUCAGUUAUGUUACCAGUAAUCUUCCCUCUCUCUGUCAGUUAUGUUACCAGUAAUCUUCCCUCUCUCUGUCAGUUAUGUUACCAGUAAUCUUCCCUCUCUCUGUCAGUUAUGUUACCAGUAAUCUUCCCUCUCUCUGUCAGUUAUGUUACCAGUAAUCUUCCCUCUCUCUGUCAGUUAUGUUACCAGUACUCUUCCCUCUCUCUGUCAGUUAUGUUACCAGUAAUCUUCCCUCUCUCUGUCAGUUAUGUUACCAGUUCUUCCCUCUCUCUGUCAGUUAUGUUACCAGUACUCUUCCCUCUCUCUGUCAGUUAUGUUACCAGUACUCUUUCCUCUUGUCAGUUAUGUUACCAGUACUCUUCCCUCUCUCUGUCAGUUAUGUUACCAGUAAUCUUCCCUCUCUCUGUCAGUUAUGUUACCAGUAAUCUUCCCUCUCUCUGUCAGUUAUGUUACCAGUAAUCUUCCCCCUCUUGUCAGUUAUGUUACCAGUAAUCUUCCCUCUCUCUGUCAGUUAUGUUACCAGUAAUCUUCCCUCUCUCUGUCAGUUAUGUUACCAGUAAUCUUCCCUCUCUCUGUCAGUUAUGUUACCAGUACUCUUCCCUCUCUCUGUCAGUUAUGUUACCAGUACUCUUUCCUCUUGUCAGUUAUGUUACCAGUACUCUUCCCUCUCUCUGUCAGUUAUGUUACCAGUAAUCUUCCCUCUUGUCAGUUAUGUUACCAGUACUCUUCACUCUCUCUGUCAGUUAUGUUACCAGUAAUCUUCCCUCUCUCUGUCAGUUAUGUUACCAGUACUCUUCCCUCUCUCUGUCAGUUAUGUUACCAUUACUCUUCCCUCUCUCUGUCAGUUAUGUUACCAGUACUCUUUCCUCUUGUCAGUUAUGUUACCAGUACUCUUCCCUCUCUCUGUCAGUUAUGUUACCAGUAAUCUUCCCUCUCUCUGUCAGUUAUGUUACCAGUAAUCUUCCCUCUCUCUGUCAGUUAUGUUACCAGUAAUCUUCCCCCUCUUGUCAGUUAUGUUACCAGUAAUCUUCCCUCUCUCUGUCAGUUAUGUUACCAGUAAUCUUCCCCCUCUUGUCAGUUAUGUUACCAGUACUCUUUCCUCUUGUCAGUUAUGUUACCAGUACUCUUCCCUCUCUCUGUCAGUUAUGUUACCAGUACUCUUUCCUCUCUCUGUCAGUUAUGUUACCAGUAAUCUUCCCUCUCUCUGUCAGUUAUGUUACCAGUAAUCUUCCCUCUCUCUGUCAGUUAUGUUACCAGUACUCUUCCCUCUCUCUGUCAGUUAUGUUACCAGUAAUCUUCCCUCUCUCUGUCAGUUAUGUUACCAGUAAUCUUCCCUCUCUCUGUCAGUUAUGUUACCAGUAAUCUUCCCUCUCUCUGUCAGUUAUGUUACCAGUACUCUUCCCUCUCUCUGUCAGUUAUGUUACCAGUACUCUUCCCUCUCUCUGUCAGUUAUGUUACCAGUAAUCUUCCCUCUCUCUGUCAGUUAUGUUACCAGUACUCUUUCCUCUUGUCAGUUAUGUUACCAGUACUCUUCCCUCUCUUGUCAGUUAUGUUACCAGUACUCUUCCCUCUCUCUGUCAGUUAUGUUACCAGUACUCUUUCCUCUUGUCAGUUAUGUUACCAGUACUCUUCCCUCUCUCUGUCAGUUAUGUUACCAGUACUCUUCCCUCUCUCUGUCAGUUAUGUUACCAGUACUCUUCCCUCUUGUCAGUUAUGUUACCAGUACUCUUUCCUCUUGUCAGUUAUGUUACCAGUAAUCUUCCCUCUCUCUGUCAGUUAUGUUACCAGUACUCUUCCCUCUCUCUGUCAGUUAUGUUACCAGUACUCUUCCCUCUCUCUGUCAGUUAUGUUACCAGUAAUCUUCCCUCUCUCUGUCAGUUAUGUUACCAGUAAUCUUUCCUCUUGUCAGUUAUGUUACCAGUACUCUUCCCUCUCUCUGUCAGUUAUGUUACCAGUAAUCUUCCCUCUCUCUGUCAUUUAUGUUACCAGUACUCUUUCCUCUUGUCAGUUAUGUUACCAGUACUCUUCCCUCUCUCUGUCAGUUAUGUUACCAGUAAUCUUCCCUCUCUCUGUCAGUUAUGUUACCAGUACUCUUCCCUCUUGUCAGUUAUGUUACCAGUACUCUUUCCUCUUGUCAGUUAUGUUACCAGUACUCUUCCCUCUCUUGUCAGUUAUGUUACCAGUAAUCUUCCCUCUUGUCAGUUAUGUUACCAGUACUCUUCCCUCUUGUCAGUUAUGUUACCAGUACUCUUCCCUCUCUCUGUCAGUUAUGUUACCAGUAAUCUUCCCUCUCUCUGUCAGUUAUGUUACCAGUACUCUUCCCUCUUGUCAGUUAUGUUACCAGUAAUCUUCCCUCUUGUCAGUUAUGUUACCAGUACUCUUCCCUCUUGUCAGUUAUGUUACCAGUAAUCUUCCCCCUCUUGUCAGUUAUGUUACCAGUAAUCUUCCCUCUUGUCAGUUAUGUUACCAGUACUCUUCCCUCUUGUCAGUUAUGUUACCAGUACUCUUCCCUCUUGUCAGUUAUGUUACCAGUAAUCUUCCCUCUCUCUGUCAGUUAUGUUACCAGUAAUCUUCCCUCUCUCUGUCAGUUAUGUUACCAGUAAUCUUCCCUCUCUCUGUCAGUUAUGUUACCAGUAAUCUUCCCUCUCUCUGUCAGUUAUGUUACCAGUAAUCUUCCCUCUCUCUGUCAGUUAUGUUACCAGUAAUCUUCCCUCUCUCUGUCAGUUAUGUUACCAGUACUCUUCCCUCUCUCUGUCAGUUAUGUUCCCUGGAACUUCCAUGAGGAAAAGCAGGGUGUUUACAACUUCUCUGGGGAUCGAGACCUGGAGAACUUCCUGGAUCUGGCCAAUCAGACGGGCCUCCUGGUGAUCCUCCGCCCCGGACCCUACAUCUGUGCAGAGUGGGAGAUGGUAAGCACUACAGUACAUAGAGGUAUCUUCCUGUCAGAGGAGGCUGGUGAGUGGAAGACGGGUUCACAGUAAUGAAUGGAAUGGUAUCAAAGUGCUGAAUUUAUUCCGUUCCAGCCAUUACUAUGAUCCCGUCCUUCGAUUUAAAGGGCCACCAUUACAUUUGACAUUUAGGGCAUUUAAGGAGACGCUCUUCUCCAGAGACUUAGUCAGUCAGCUCCCCACUGCUUCCUUCACUAUGGAGCUAUGGUUUCCUUGACCUGCACUCUGUUAGACGGUCUCUGGUCAAAGUCAGGCCGUUCAGCUGACAGCAACACAUUGGAAACUCACUACAUCACAUGUUGUGAGGCUGUAGUCUACUGUAAGUCCUAUUCUCACCUGGAGAACCGUAGAAGGAGAGGGACUGAUAUGUGAGAGAAGUUCAUGAAAAUAUCUGAAUCAUGCUUAUAGACAGGAGAAGUUCAUCAACAUUAUAUUGUUUCUGUCUCUUUCAGGGUGGUUUACCUGCUUGGUUGCUCCAGAAACCAAACAUUGUACUUCGCUCAGCAGAUACAGGUAUCAUAAACCAUGCUGCCAGUACACAGGUAUCAUAAACCAUGCAGCCAGUACACAGGUAUCAUAAACCAUGCUGCCAGUACACAGGUAUCAUAAACCAUGCUGCCAGUACACAGGUAUCAUAAACCAUGCUGCCAGUACACAGGUAUCAUAAACCAUGCAGCCAGUACACAGGUAUCAUAAACCAUGCUGCCAGUACACAGGUAUCAUAAACCAUGCUGCCAGUACACAGGUAUCAUAAACCAUGCUGCCAGUACACAGGUAUCAUAAACCAUGCUGCCAGUACACAGGUAUCAUAAACCAUGCUGCCAGUACACAGGUAUCAUAAACCAUGCUGCCAGUACACAGGUAUCAUAAACCAUGCUGCCAGUACACAGGUAUCAUAAACCAUGCUGCCAGUACACAGGUAUCAUAAACCAUGCUGCCAGUACCAUGCCCUUUACACAUAUGGGGCGGCAGGUAGCUUAGUGGGUAAGAGCGUUGUGCCAGUAACCGAAAGGUCGCUGGUUCUAAUCCCCGAGCCGACUAGGUGAAAAAUCGGUCGAUGUGCCCUUGAGCAAGGCACUUAACCCUAAUUGCUCCUGUAAGUCGCUCUGGAUAAGAGCGUCUGCUAAAUGACAAAAAUAAAAAUAAAAUAAAUAUAUCAGUAAUUCAGUGUUCUGCUUGGUUGGUGUUUAAUCGUUGACUGACGUCUUGCUUUUGUUCCAGACUACUUGGAGGCAGUGACCACCUGGAUGGCAGUGCUGCUACCCAAGAUGAGGAGAUGGCUGUAUACAAACGGAGGCAACAUCAUCACUGUGCAGGUAGUUACAGUUCAACAAUCUGCUUGUACCAGGCUGUCAUGAGGGCAUUGAUUCAUUAUGUUAAGGAAUGUAUCCUUCAUCAUGAUCAGGAUAGUUUCCUUCCUUCCUUCCUGUGACUCCACUAGGUGGAGAAUGAGUACGGGAGCUACUAUGUGUGUGACUAUAACUACAUGCGUCACCUGAGGACCCUGUUCCGGUUCUUCCUGGGGGAGAACACGGUUCUCUUCACGACCGACGGGAACACGGACCGGGAAAUGACCUGUGGGACCCUGGAGGGAAUGUACGCCACUAUAGACUUUGGGACAGGUAGGAGUUUGAGACAGCUAACCCUAACUUUAACCCUAACCCAGGUAGGACUGUACGCCACUAUAGACUUUGGGACGGGUAGGAAGUCGAGGGACAGGAGGAGAGAGGUUUCUAGAGAUUGUGUUGUAGCAUAGUUGGCACCACGUCGUUUUAAAAGCUUAUUUUGUUCUCCACUUAGACGUCAACAUAUCCCAAGCUUUCAGUCGGCAGCGGAGAUUCGAACCAAGAGGCCCUCUGGUGAGUCAAGUAGUUUCUCACAACAACUUCAUAUAGUAGAUGAUGUGGGACCGUACCUAAACUGCUAUGUGCGUUCCAGGUGAACUCUGAGUUCUACACGGGGUGGCUGGACCACUGGGGGGAUAAGCAUGCUCAGGUGGACACCCAGAAGGUCAGCAGGAUGCUGGGAGAGAUGCUCAGUAUGGGGGCCAACGUCAACAUGUAGGUCCCCGAAACCUCUCUCUGUGUAUGAUAAAGUGCCAAAGGUUUCAUACAAAAGGCAGUAGAUGUUUUAGCAAUUUACCGAUAAGACACUGACAUUGUUUUUGAUAAGGUGUAGUAGUAAGCAACAAAGCUAACUGAAUGAGCUGAUAGCAUAAACAAUGUUUGUCAAAACAAAAGCAAUUGUCCUAUUCUCUCACUACAGGUAUAUGUUUGAAGGAGGGACAAACUUUGGCUACUGGAAUGGUUGGUUAAAUAAGCUGUAUCAAUAUUUCCGUCAUUAAGUCUCGUAUACCAAUCAUUAAUACUGUCGAAGUAUAACUCGUUGUUGCCCUCAUGUUACCCCUGUAGGAGUGGAUAUAUACCUGUUGUCAUGUUACCCCUGUAGGAGUGGAUAUAUACCUGUUGUCAUGUUACCCCUGUAGGAGUGGAUAUAUACCUGUUGUCAUGUUACCCCUGUAGGAUCAGAUAUAUACCUGUUGUCACGUUACCCCUGUAGGAGUGGAUAUAUACCUGUUGUCAUGUUACCCCUGUAGGAGUGGAUAUAUACCUGUUGUCAUGUUACCCCUGUAGGAGUGGAUAUAUAUACCUGUUGUCAUGUUACCCCUGUAGGAUCAGAUAUAUACCUGUUGUCAUGUUACCCCUGUAGGAGUGGAUAUAUACCUGUUGUCAUGUUACCCCUGUAGCAGUGGAUAUAUACCUGUUGUCACGUUACCCCUGUAGGAGUGGAUAUAUACCUGUUGUCACGUUACCCCUGUAGGAGUGGAUAUAUACCUGUUGUCAUGUUACCCCUGUAGGAGUGGAUAUAUACCUGUUGUCAUGUUACCCCUGUAGGAUCAGAUAUAUACCUGUUGUCAUGUUACCCCUGUAGGAGUGGAUAUAUACCUGUUGUCAUGUUACCCCUGUAGGAGUGGAUAUAUACCUGUUGUCACGUUACCCCUGUAGGAGUGGAUAUAUACCUGUUGUCAUGUUACCCCUGUAGGAGUGGAUAUAUACCUGUUGUCAUGUUACCCCCUGUAGGAUCAGAUAUAUACCUGUUGUCACGUUACCCCUGUAGGAGUGGAUAUAUACCUGUUGUCAUGUUACCCCUGUAGGAGUGGAUAUAUACCUGUUGUCAUGUUACCCCUGUAGGAGUGGAUAUAUACCUGUUGUCAUGUUACCCCUGUAGGAUCAGAUAUAUACCUGUUGUCAUGUUACCCCUGUAGGAGUGGAUAUAUACCUGUUGUCAUGUUACCCCUGUAGGAGUGGAUAUAUACCUGUUGUCAUGUUACCCCUGUAGGAGUGGAUAUAUACCUGUUGUCACGUUACCCCUGUAGGAGUGGAUAUAUACCUGUUGUCAUGUUACCCCUGUAGGAGUGGAUAUAUACCUGUUGUCAUGUUACCCCUGUAGGAUCAGAUAUAUACCUGUUGUCAUGUUACCCCUGUAGGAUCAGAUAUAUACCUGUUGUCAUGUUACCCCUGUAGGAGUGGAUAUAUACCUGUUGUCAUGUUACCCCUGUAGGAGUGGAUAUAUACCUGUUGUCACGUUUCCCCUGUAGGAGUGGCUAUAUACCUGUUGUCACGUUACCCCUGUAGGAGUGGAUAUAUACCUGUUGUCAUGUUACCCCUGUAGGAGUGGAUAUAUACCUGUUGUCACGUUUCCCCUGUAGGAGUGGCUAUAUACCUGUUGUCACGUUACCCCUGUAGGAGUGGAUAUAUACCUGUUGUCAUGUUACCCUUGUAGGAGUGGAUAUAUACCUGUUGUCAUGUUACCCCUGUAGGAUCAGAUAUACCUGUUGUCAUGUUACCCCUGUAGGAGUGGAUACAUAACUGUUGUCACGUUACCCCUGUAGGAGCAGACCAUGACAACAGGUUUAGGUCGGUAGUGACCAGUUAUGACUACAACGCCCCUCUGUCUGAGGCAGGAGACCCUACAGAGAAACUACUAGGAAUACGGGACACCAUCAGCAAGGUAACAUGACUGGGACCAACCCACAGGACCCAAAUGGCACCCUAUGCCCUAUAUAGUGCACUACUUUAGACCAGGGCCCAUAGUGCUCUGGUGUACUAUAUGGGGAUACUAGGGUACCACAGGCUCUGGUCAAAAGUAUCACACUAGAUAGGGAGGCACUUGAGAUGCAGACCCGUUUAAAUAUAUUAUAUUGAUGACAAGUGUGUUGUGUGUUUUACUGGCUAUAUUUUCCCCUUUCCAUCUAGUUCAGAGACAUCCCUGUGGGUCCCAUGCCCCCAGCCUCUCCCAAGAUGGCCUAUGGCUUUGUGACUCUGACAAUGGUAUGGGCUCAUUAUAGCAUACUUCGCUACCAGGACCCAACACAUUGCCUUAUAAUAGACGCGACGAUAGGUAUUGGUUGAAGUUCAGUGUUAAAUUCAAAUCUCCCUACCGUCAUAUCAAUAUGCCAAUAUGACACCAAUCUCGAUGGAAAUUCACAAAACAACUUGAUUGGAGGUACUCAACACACCCCUCGCCUCUCGUCAUGAGCCGUCCCAGCCGUUACUGAGAACCACAUACCAGAUUUUUAACAGGGUCGUUAGCAAUUGAUUUUUAUGAGUAUUUCUUGCGCCGACCAAGCUCAAAUUCUAGACGUCUGAUUUAAAAAGAGACUAUAGCGUCCAUAAAGUGACCAUUGGACUUAAGAAAUGCCGGAUUGACUAAGUUUAUAGGUGCAACAGUUUUUAUUAAAUGUAUAAUUUAUCGCUCUCACGUGCUCAUUUCUGUCCGUUAAGAACCAACGAUGUGCUACCUUGUUUCUAUCAUUUUUGACAAUGCUAACAUCUUUCUUAGCUGAAACUCAGAGUUGUAACACAACAAGACAGCUGCUUGCGCCAUACUGCCAGUCAUAAGAAGUGUAUGGAACAAACCUAGGCUACUGUCUAUAGCGAGCUAUAUGGUGGUAUUCAAGCUGAGGUUAUUUGAUUAGCUAGGUAGCUAACAUUAGCUUACUUGUACAAAGUCCAUCAGCUAGCCUCUGUAGCUAGCUAACACCAGUCAGCUGAAAGCUAGCUAGCUAACAAACAGGAAAAUAAAAGGUAGCUUGCCAAUUCAUUUGGUUUUGUUUUGAUUAGCUAGGUAGCUAGCUAAUGUAAAGUUAUAUCAGUCAGAUGAGAGCUAACGUUGGCUAGCUAGCUAACCAACAAGCGAGGAAAGCUAGCUAGCUACAUAUAGCCAAGUAAGGUUUUUCACCUAAGGCUGAAGUCAUCAUAUGUAAACUGCAGUUUUAAGAAAAUAAAAAAAGUGUUAAGUAAAAAAAUUAAAUAAUAAUUAAAGAGCAGCAGUAAAAUAACAUAACAGUAGGGAGGCUAUAUAUACAGGGGGGUACCGGUGCAGAGUCAAUGUGCGGGGGCACAGGUUAGUCGAGGUAAUUGAGGUAAUAUGUACAUGUGGGUAGAGUUAAAGUGACUAUGCAUAAAUAAUAAACAGAGUAGCAGCAGCGUAAAAGAGGGGAUUGGGGUGGGGUUGGGACGGCAUUGCAAAUAGUCCGGGUAGCCAUGAUUAGCUGUUCAGGAGUCUUAUGGCUUGGGGGUAGAAGCUGUUAAGAAGCCUUUUGGACCUAGACUUGGCGCUCCGGUACCGCUUGCCGUGCGGUAGCAGAGAGAACAGUUUAUGACUAGGGUGGCUGGAGUAUUUGACCAUUUUUAGGGCCUUCCUUUGACACCGCCAGGUAUAGAGGUCCUGGAUGGCAGGAAGCUUGGCCCCAGUGAUGUACUGGGCCGUACGCACUACCCUCUGUAGUGCCUUGCGGUCGGAGGCCGAGCAGUUGCCAUACCAGGCGGUGAUGCAACCAGUCAGGAUGCUCUCGAUGGUGCAGAUGUAUAUCUUUUUGAGGAUCUGAGGACCCAUGCCAAAUCUUUUCAGUCUCCUGAGGGGAAUAGGCUUUGUCGUGCCCUCUUCACGACUGUCUUGGUGUGUUUGGACCAUCAUAGUUUGUUGGUGAUGUGGACACCAAGGAACUUGAAGCUCUCAACCUGUUCCACUACAGCCCCGUCGAUGAGAAUGGGGGCGUGCUCAGUCCUCUUUUUUUCCCCUGUAGUCCACAAUCAUCUCCUUUGUCUUGAUCAUGUUGAGGGAGAGAUUGUUAUCCUGGCACCACACGGCCAGGUCUCUGACCUCCUCUCUAUAGGCUGUCUCAUCGUUGUCGGUGAUCAGGCCUACCACUGUUGUGUCAUCGGCAAACCUAAUGAUGGUGUUGGAGUCGUGCCUGGCCAUGCAGUCAUGGGUGAACAGGGAGUACAGGAGGGGACUGAGCACGCACCCCUGAGGGGCCCCCGUGUUGAAGAUCAGCGUGGCAGAUGUGUUGUUACCUACCCUCACCACCUGGGGGCGGCCCGUCAGGAAGUCCAGGAUCCAGUUGCAGAGGGAGGUGUUUAGUCCCAGGGUCCUUACAGUUAGCUACGCUACAUUUCCUCGACUAAGACCAAGACCACAACACAAACCAUAGCCGAGAAAAACAAAUUGCUUUGUUAAGAAACAGUAAGUUAGCUAUGUUGAACCGCAUGUAGUAAACGGUUGAACACCAAAUGCAUAUUUGUGCAUUCUUACCAUAUUGACAGCAUCGCUGUUUCAAACAGGUGUCCUAAUAAAUUCCAGCUCCAGCAUAGACUCCCUCUCCUGCCGUCUUGACAUGAUGUGAGCUGACUGAUCAACACAGUGUCAAAUUACUUUUCAGUGUGUUCACAGGAAAUCUGAAAUCGCCAUCCACAAGUAGAACAUAGUCUGGGGGCUCCACCCACUGCACCAGGUUAAAACAACAGCAGCCUAGUCUCAUAGUCUAGUCGUAACAUAGUACCUGUAAAUCCGGGACACUGAAAUUAGUAUGAUAUGUUACGUUUGGUACGGUUACAUAAGACAGGUUACUUUAAAGGAGAAAUCACUCUUUUGUUUUUAUGUAAAUGAAAUGUUUAUAGAAGGGUCCAGACACUUUUUGUUUUUGAGAAACGUAUCCCAGCUGCGAUUCACUUCCUCAUUGCUUGUUGUGCAGUGUCAGGGCACGCAAAAUACAUGAACAAACGCUCCACAAACACCCAAAUAUACAGGCUUUCAAAUGAUGCCCACCUGACCCAGGCUUUCAAAUGAUGCCCACCUGACCCAGGCUUUCAAAUGAUGCCCACCUGACCCAGGCUUUCAAAUGAUGCCCACCUGACCCAGGCUUUCAAAUGAUGCCCACCUGACCCAGGCUUUCAAAUGAUGCCCACCUGACCCAGAUUGCGAUUUUAUAACGGACCGUUUUUGGAUUGCGUAAACAACAUUAAUUGUGAGGGCAGGAAAGCAGGGUUGUGUUACAAACAACUACCAGUGUGUUUGCUUUAGUUCCUCAACCUCACAGCUAGGAGAGCUCAAAAAACCCACCUUAUAGUUGAAUCCUCUUCUUUGAGUCAUAAAAGUGCAUUGAAAUGACUUAAGAACUGUGCACACUUUGGAAAGGUGUGUCCACUUGGAGACAGUGGAGAGGUGUGUCCACUUGGAGACAGUGGAGAGGUGUGUCCACUUGGAGACAGUGGAGAGGUGUGUCCACUUGGAGACAGUGGAGAGGUGUGGUCACUUGGAGACAGUGGAGAGGUGUGUCCACUUGGAGACACUGGAGAGGUGUGGUCACUUGGUGACACUGGAGAGGUGUGGUCACUUGGAGACACUGGAGAGGUGUGUCCACUUGGAGACAGUGGAGAGGUGUGGUCACUUGGAGACAGUGGAGAGGUGUGUCCACUUGGAGACAGUGGAGAGGUGUGUCCACUUGGAGACACUGGAGAGGUGUGUCCACUUGGAGACAGUGGAGAGGUGUGGUCACUUGGAGACAGUGGAGAGGUGUGUCCACUUGGAGACAGUGGAGAGGUGUGUCCACUUGGAGACAGUGGAGAGGUGUGUCCACUUGGAGACAGUGGAGAGGUGUGUCCACUUGGAGACACCAGUUAGUCCUCUCACUCAAACCCUUGUCAUUUUAUUGUCUGUUUUCCAGGAAUAUUCUUAUCAUGUUACUGAAUGUAUCCUGAGUAUUUUGUUAACAACAAAUGCGGCGAAAAGUACAGUAAAUGUAAAAUGCAGAUAAAAUCAACAGUGUAAUGUUUGGAUUCAGUCUUGUCAGGUCAACUGUUGUUUUCCAUAUUUACUCUGCUCAUCUGCAUGUAGCUCUAUCCAUAUGGGUAAAUUCCCACCAGUGUAAAGGGUUAACAUAAAAUAUCUUGGUUGACACAUUUAGAGUGAAUGUUACAGAUUAAAGGCCUACUGUUAUUGUUAUAAUUUGCAUUGUGAAAUGUAAAUGUAAAAAUAGCUUAUAAUACCAUUAAUACUCCCAACUGUUAUUUUUGGAAGAAUAACUAUAGAUAUUUGUGCAGACCACCUGCAGGUUGAAGACCAAUGGCCCUAGUUAAAUGACAAAUAAAUCCAUAGUAUGACAUACUGUAUGACUUAAACCUCUGGCUCUGUUUGGUAGGUAGGGAACCUCAGCAGCCUGUUGGACACGCUGUCACCUCAGGGUCCCGUCCGAUCCCGGUACCCUCUGUCUUUUGAAGAGAUGAAGCAGGUAGGUCUACCACUUCUGUCUGUUGUAGUUAUGGAGUGUUGUUGUCAAUAAUCUGAGAAAAAUGAUGUAACUUUGUUUUAACUUGACUUAAUGUGUUGUUUAGUACUAUGGUUUCAUGCUGUACCGGACCACGCUGCCCAGGGACCUACCAGAAGACACACCCCUCAUCUCCCCUCUGAAUGGGGUUCAUGACCGAGCAUAUGUCUCUGUCUGUGGGGUAGGUGUCUCUGUCUGUGGGAUAGGUGUGUCUGUCUGUGGGGUAGGUGUCUCUGUCUGUGGGGUAGGUGUCUCUGUCUGUGGGGUAGGUGUCUCUGUCCGUGGGGUAGGUGUCUCUGUCUGUGGGGUAGGUGUGUCUUUCUGUGGGGUAGGUGUCUGUUUGUCUGUGGGGUAGGUCAAUCAAUCACAUUUGAUUUAUAAAGCCCUUUUUACAACAGCAGCAAUGCAGAUGUAGAAGCACGGUGGCUAGGAAAAACUCCCUAGAAAGGCAGGAACCUAGGAAGAAACCUAGAGAGGAACCAGGCUCUGAGGGGUGGCCAGUCCUCUUCUGGCUGUGCCGGGUUGAGAUUAUAACAGUACAUGGCCAUUAAGGCCAGAUUUUUCUCCAAGAUGUUAAAACGUUCAUAGAUGACCAGCAGGGUCAAAUAAUAAUCACAGCGUUUGUAGAGGUUGCAACAGGUCAGUACAUCAGGAGUAAAUGUCAAUUGGCAUUUCAUAGCGGGGCAUUUAGAGGUUGAAAUAGCCGGUGCGGUAGAGAGAGAGAGUUGAAAACAGCAGGUCUGGGACAAGGUAGCACAUCCGGUGAACAGGUCAGGGUUCCAUAGCCGCAGGCAGAAGAGUGGAAACUGGAGCAGCAGCACGACCAGGUGGACUGGGGACAGCCAGGAGUCAUCAGGCCAGGUAGUCCUGAGGCAUGGUCCUAGGGCUCAGGUCCUCCGGGAUAUAUAUAUAUAUAUGUGUGUGUGUGUGUGUGAGAGAGAGACUCAUGCUGACUAGGCCGAGCGCCAUGUUGAUUCUGGCGUGAUCAGGACACGCAGGUUGAAAUAUCAAAAUGAACUCUGAACCAACUAUAUUAAUUUGGGGAUAGGUCGAAAAGCCAUUAAACAUUCAUGGACAUUUAGCUAGCUAGCUUGCUGUUGCUAGCUAUUUUGUCCUGGGAUACAAACAUUGGGUUGUUAUUUUACCUGAAAUGCAAAAGGUCCUUUUUUUUUCUGGAUAGUUGUAGAAUUUUGAGUCACACAAAAUCAUGUGAUCUCUACUCCGACAUUUAAUCCACAGAUAAAAGUGGAAACCUAGUUAGUUCUCUCCAAUCUCUCCAGUAGUAGUAGUGGUCGUCAUCUUCUUCAGACUUUAUUUACAUUUACAUUUCAGUCAUUUAGCAGACGCUCUUAUCCAGAGCGACUUAGUGAGUGCAUACAUUUUCAUACUGGCCCCCUGUGGGAAACGAACCCACAACCCUGGCGUUGCAAGCGCCAUGCUCUACCAACUGAGCUACAGGGGAUCCUAUAUGGCGGUUGGCAACCAACUUUAAGGUGCAUUACUGCCACCAACUGGACUGGAGUGCGGACCUCAGUUCAUCUUUCAAUCAUUACGUUACGAACCCCGUGGCUGUAAACGUCUAGGGUGGAUGGACAAGAGACUCGUAACAUCAUUCAUGCGAAUUAGAAUCGUGACAUGGAACAGUGAGAACUAAAACUACACGACAACCAUAAACUACCGUCAAACAUAAAAGGUUUAUUUUUGAACACACAGUAAAUGUUUGGGAAAAAGGGCUGAGCAGGACCCAAGAAAUGACGCAAUAGUGUAAAAAAAACUAAACUGAUCUUGCCUGCAUCAAGAACCACUAAGCUACUGCUAAUCAUACAAAAAUGACAGUGGGUGGUCCGCUCAGGUCUAACUAGUGUUUUUAGACAGUUUUCUUCCUAUGGGUAAUGUAGGCCCAAGGGCAACUUGCUUAAAUUCCCCUUUUCCCAGAAACACACAAAGUUACCAAACAGAGUAACCAGCAAAUUAGUGAGUACACAGGACACCACAGUAUCCAUACUCACAUACGGAAAUAGCCUCUCUCUACAAACACAACUGACUUGGCUUUUAAACAAUGGGAUGUGUGAUUGUAAAAACCAGAAACAGGUGGUGCAAUGCAGAGGAAUGUCCACUGAUUGGUCCACCUCAGCAAUCAGCAGACACCCCAACGACCACCAAUCAGGAACAUACAGGACACCUGUGAUUAGGGCAGAAGGAGAGGCAAAACACAAAAAGACACAGGAUACCUGUAUCCGUAACACACCCACGUGGGUAUAGGCUCCUAAAAACCAAUGAGGAGAUGGGAGAGGCGGGACUUGCAGCGCGUCAAGCGUCACAAAUAGAACCAAGUUCUAUUUUAGCGCCUGGCUACGCAGACGAGCAGUUUGGAUGAAAUAAUUGAAUAAUAUGUAUGCGUACGUUUAUUUUGCAACGCGAGCUGUGGUCAGUACGUCAGGCGCCGCUCCAGAAUCUCCCAUAAGUAUUCGAUUGGGUGUUUUUUUUUACACAGGUUGUGUGAUGGUUUUGUCCUGUCAGCAUGUUGUACAGAGGUUGUGUGAUGGUUUUGUCCUGUCAGCAUGUUGUACACAGGUUGUGUGAUGGUUUUGUCCUGUCAGCAUGUUGUACACAGGUUGUGUGAUGGUUUUGUCCUGUCAGCAUGUUGUACAGAGGUUGUGUGAUGGUUUUGUCCUGUCAGCAUGUUGUACAGAGGUUGUGUGAUGGUUUUGUCCUGUCAGCAUGUUGUACACAGGUUGUGUGAUGGUUUUGUCCUGUCAGCAUGUUGUACACAGGUUGUGACCUGCUCCUAUAUACAGGUUUUCCAGGGGCUGCUGGAGAGAGACACGACUCUGGUGAUGAACGUAACAGGGAAGGAGGGGGACCAGAUCGAUGUUCUAGUGGAGAACAUGGGACGGGUCAACUUUGGCAGCAAGAUCAACGACUUCAAGGCAAGUCUACAUCAACCUCAGUAGACACACAGACACGUGUUUCUAUCUUUUAUCUGAAUAAAAUAGGUUUUAGCAGUUUAAGAUUUAUGGUAGUGAGUGAGGCGUUGGUCACACAAAGGUCCACACUCCAAUAUCCAAGAGAAACGAUGAAGUUAUUGGAGUCUACAAUAGGAAGGUUCACGUAAGUAUUACUCAACUUUUGCAAGGAAUGGCUAGCCAAUCCCAGAUCUGUUUGUGUCCUUGCCAAGCCAAACAUCUCAUGAUGAAGAGUAAAAAGGAGUUGGCCUGGCAACCAGACUGGCACUCAGGGUAAGGAAUUGAGACUUAGUUGAUCCCUUGGUCAUGUCUGUAUUUUGCAGGGCCUGUUGAGUAACCUGGUCCUGGGUGAAGAUGUGCUGACCAACUGGCAGAUCUACCCUCUGGACAUUGACGGAGCCAUCGCCUCCGGAUGGCCCCAGUCAGGCCAGCGACGCUCCCCUCCCGGCCCAGUCAGAGGGCCCUCAGAUGGGCCAGUCUUCUACCAGGGCACCCUGCCUCCCAACGGUCUGGCCAGGGACACCUUUCUCCGGCUCAAUGAAUGGACCAAGGUGAGGACAUAAUCAAUACUGAGUUAAUACUACUGAGUCUAUUUACCGUGGCUUACUAUUACAGAAAUACUACGGUAGUCCUUCCCCAAUAUGGAGAUCUAUGAACACAAUGGCUCUCGAAAAAAACAAGAGUCAAACAGAUGUAUGUCCUCCGUGUUCACUAUCAGUUCCUUCUUGGGGUUAAGCAUAUUGGGUCAAAUCCUCCACUGACGACAUGCCAGUUCUGCGUUGAGAACUGACUGUCUCCCCUCUGCCUCUCCGCCGUUCCCAGGGCCAGGUGUGGAUCAACGGGAUGAACCUGGGAAGGUAUUGGCCUAAGAGAGGUCCCCAGCAGACCCUGUACGUCCCAGGGGCCCCUGCUCAGCCCCACCCAGCCCAACAACAUCACAGUCCUGGAGCUAGAGAGGGCCCCUCCACACACCAGGGUCCUCUUUAUGGACCGGCCCCAGCUCGGCAGCACUGCUGGCAAGACAUGACACCACAGCUACAGAAGGUCAACAGGCAGAAGACAGCAGACACACACCAGGGUCUCCUUUUUUGCACCGCUGGCAAGACAUGA